AUGACAGAAAGUGUCCGAAUUCUCCUUGUUGGCAAUGGUGGCCGUGAGCACGCUUUGGCCUGGAAAUUGCUGCAGUCGCCUUCGACUGAGCACAUUUACGUUUGCCCUGGUAACGGAGGGACCGCAACCCUUUCGUCAAAAGUUACCAAUGUCACACACAUCAAGGACACCGAUUUCGCCGGCCUUGUCGAAUUCGCUAAGGAGAAGCAAGUGAACUUGUUAAUACCAGGACCUGAGGCACCGCUAGUUGCAGGCAUUGUAGAUUACUUCAAAGAGAAUGGACUCGAGAGCACCAAGGCGUUUGGCCCUUCAAAAAAGGCCGCAACCAUGGAAGGCAGCAAGACGUUUAGCAAGGACUUCAUGAAGCGACAUAACAUUCCCACUGCAGCCUACGAAAACUUUAGCAAAUACGAGGAUGCCAAAGCCUACCUGGACACCAUCUCACACUCGGUAGUGAUCAAGGCCUCGGGCCUGGCAGCAGGAAAGGGUGUCAUCAUACCCCAGACCAAGGAGGAAGCCCACGCGGCGCUCAAAGACAUCAUGUUGGAUCGUGAGUUUGGCGCAGCGGGCGACGAGGUGGUCGUUGAGGAGUUCCUCGAGGGCGAUGAAUUGUCGAUUCUUACUUUCAGCGACGGCCGCACCAUCAAGUCUCUCCCGCCUGCACAAGACCACAAGCGCAUUUUCGACAACGACCAGGGCCCCAACACUGGAGGCAUGGGCACGUAUGCUCCAACGCGCAUCGCACCACGUGAGGUCCUCGAUCGCGUCGACAAGGAAAUUCUACAGCCCACUAUUGACGGCAUGCGAAGCGAGGGCUUUGAGUUCAAGGGAGUGCUGUUCACCGGCCUGAUGAUGACCAAGGAUGGACCAAAAGUACUUGAGUACAACGUCCGCUUUGGCGACCCCGAAACGCAGAGUCUAUUGGCGCUUAUGGAGGGCGACCUUGCCCAGGUUAUGGUCGCAUGCGCAGAUGGACGGUUAGCAGAUGUUGAUGUCAAGGUGUCCAACCGCUCCGCCGCUACCGUGGUAGUUGCGGCCGGCGGGUACCCAGGCAGCUACGCAAAAGGCACAGUCAUGAAGCUAGAUGCUACACCAGAAGAUGUCGUACUGUUCCAUGCCGGAACUUCCUUCUCCGACAACACACUCAAGACGUCUGGUGGGCGCGUCAUCGCAUCCACAGCGACUGCGCCUACGCUUGAGGAAGCCGUGGCAAAGGCCUACAAGGGUGUCGAAUGCAUACACUUUGAGGGCAUGCAGUACCGCAAGGACAUUGCUGGCCGGGCGCUGAAGAAGCACUAG